CCUCCUCUCCACCCGCUCACCUCACCUCGCACCCACUCUACGCCGGCUCGUCCCUGUCGCUCCGACUAGACCUCUUCUCGCUCCCGAAUUCUCCCUCCCCCCGCUUCCGCCAUGGUCUCGCCCGUCGUUAACGUCGUGCGCUACUCGGCACUCGUCGGCGGCAUCGGCUACGGCGUCGUGCACCGCCGCACGCUGCAGAAGCGCGAGGAUGCGCGCGCCAUUGCCGCCGAGAAGAAGCACCAGGAGCAGCUCAAGGUGCAGGCACAGAAGGAGAAGGACCAGAGCAUCAUUGCCUCGGUGCGCGGCGGUGCGGGCGGCGUCGUCACCAACCCGGAAGACCCCAAGUUCGACCUCGAGAAGUACAUUGCGUCCUUCGACAAGUAAACGGGCGUCGGGUUGCCGGCUGGCUUCGUGCCGGACGGAGCGCCUGGGUCAGCCGCGGGUGAGGGGUUGCAGACAGGGAGAGACCGGCAGGCAAGCGUGCCACCGCUGCAAUGCACGGCUUUAGAGAUCA